AUGAACUUCCAAGUCACCGUCAAGAGCAUGGCUUCCAUGACUCUAAUCGUCGACGCUAGCUACCUGACCAUCGGUGGCGAGCGCAUUCCUGUCGUUCCUGUUGGCCCGCAGUGCGAGCUGAUCAGAUUCUUCGGAUUUUCCUGCGAGACGACCGAGGCCACAACAGAUGACGGCUACGUCAUAGAAGUUGACAGGAGUGCAGGCUUCCUUCUGGCUCAACGUGGCUAUGAUGUAUGGAGCAUGAACACUCGGGAGAUUGCACAUCGCUCUCGCCACAAGACUAUGAGUCAAAAAGACGACCGGUACUGGCAGUGGAGCUUUGACGAAAUCGGUCGUUACGAUAUCGCUGCCGUCAUCGACCUUGUAUUGAAUGUCACCGGGAGAAGCAAAGUGACGCUUCUCGUAUUUUCUCAAGGCACGGCUGCAAGCUUGAUUCUUCUUUCCACGAGGCCGGAGUACAACGAAAAGAAAAAGCCUCCCGCUUACGACGUGGAUCGCAUCACCGUCAAGAUUGCGCUGUUCUCGUCAGAGGGAGACACGGUCGCUGAGCCGAAAGAUGUGUCUCUCCUUGCUGAAAGGCUCGGCUCCAACUUGCUCUUCCGCUACGUGGUGCCCCGAAAAGACUUCCGUCAUCUGGACUUCUGUUGGGGCUACCAGGCGACCGAUAUCGUGCACGACUUGAUGCUUGACACUAUCGAGAAGUACUCCGGCACAAGCACUUAACCAGCACUA